UGCAGCCCGCGCCCGCCCGCGCCCCGGCCCCGGCCCCGGCUGCGGGGGCAGUCGCGCCCGUGAGCGGUGGGGCAGGAGGCUCCGCGGCGAGGAGCGAUGACGGAGUAUAAGCUGGUGGUCGUGGGCGCCGGGGGCGUGGGCAAGAGCGCGCUGACCAUCCAGCUAAUCCAGAACCACUUUGUGGACGAAUAUGACCCCACCAUAGAGGACUCAUACCGGAAGCAGGUGGUGAUCGACGGGGAGACGUGCUUGCUGGACAUUCUGGACACGGCUGGCCAGGAGGAGUACAGCGCCAUGCGGGAUCAGUACAUGCGCACGGGAGAGGGCUUCCUUUGCGUGUUUGCCAUCAACAACACCAAAUCCUUCGAGGACGUCCACCAGUACAGGGAGCAGAUCAAGAGGGUGAAGGACUCGGACGACGUGCCCAUGGUGCUGGUGGGGAACAAAUGUGACUUGGCGGCACGCACAGUGGAGUCCCGGCAGGCCCAGGAACUGGCCCGCAGCUACGGCAUCCCCUACAUUGAGACGUCGGCCAAGACCCGGCAGGGCGUGGAGGACGCCUUCUACACACUGGUGCGUGAGAUCAGGCAGCAUAAACUACGCAAGCUGAACCCGCCUGAGGAGGGUGGCCGCGGCUGCCUGAGUUGCAAGUGCGUGCUGUCCUGAGCAGUGCAGUCACAGGCUGUGGAGCUCCCGGACACAGGAAACAGGUGUGGGCAGAAGGAAGGUCCUGCUGGAGCCCUGCCUGCCUGGGGACAGUGGACAGAGGUGCCCUGGUGGUCACAUCCCAUGGACUCUCAAACUGUUCCUGAGUCCCUGGCCCCCUACCCCCAAUGGCUCCUGGCCCCAUGAGGGCCCCAUCGGUGGGUUGAAGUCGCAGUAAAUUAUUUGUCGGUCCC